AUGGCAUCUGCAUUGCGAUGUAUAUGGUAUAUUCACAACAACAAGGAGAACUUAUGGAUCAAAUGGAUUCAUAGUGUAUAUUUAAGGCACAGAGACAUUUGGCAAGUUAAAGCAAGAAAUGGAGACUUGUUGACGUGGAAACAGUUGAUAAAGGUCAGGGAUGUUUUGGUGGUUCGCUGUGGAGCUCCUCUCAGUUCUCUCUCUCCAAGCAAUUUCAACCCAGCUCGAGGGGUGGCUGAGGCGAGCAGGCUGGAGGCGGAGCUCGAGGAGGAGGGGGUUGAGCAGCGGAGAGUUCAGGGGGAAAGCUGGGGGAAGAUCGGCGGCGCUGUGGUUGAGCUGGUGGCCCUCCUCAGCCAGAAGAGCCUGGAGAUCUGCACUGAGAGCCUCGGAUCCGAGACUGGCUCGGACGACUACUUCUCCUCCGACGAUGAAGAGUACUUCUUCUCUCUUAACAAAAAACAAGAAAUUCAAUCCAAACACGAAUCCAAAUAUGAAGAAGAACGAGAAGAAGAGUACGUAAGUAAUAGGAGGAAUGGGAGGAAGGAACUGGCGACGCCACUGCUCUCAUCACAGGCAGGGCCAUCACCAGCCGGAUCAUUCGCCCCUCCGCCUUCCGUCAAUUCUCUCGGUCCUUGUCUCCAGAUGAGGCCCCACCGCAUCGAUGGCCGCCUCGUUGUCGAGGCAGUCCCUGUUCCUUCGCAAAAUUAUCUCCACGCCGAGCGCCACAACGGUCGCUUACUACUUUCCUUCAUCAACACCAUCACCGCCCCCGUCAACAAUGAUAACAAUGAACCAGAAAAUCAACAACUUGUUGAAGAACAACCAGAACAACAAGAAGAGGUGAUGACUGAAGAAGCAGAGGAAGAACAGGAACAAGAAGAAGAAGAAGAGGAAGAAGUCGAAGUUGUCGACAGAGGAACCAUCGUCGAAGUCAAGAUAAGCACACAGAUUCUCGAGUCGUCGAUCAACAAUUCCGUCAGCUGGAUGGCCAAUGACAACAGCUCGUCGGCGAUGAUGGACAACAAGCUUCUGUUGACAUCAAGGAGGAGGAGGAAUAGAGAUGAGCUUCUGCAUGAUAUGAGGAGGUGCAAUCAGCUGAGGAAGCCGCUCUUCAUUUUGGAGCCCUGUUGCAUUGCCACUUCAUCUUGAACACUCAAAAUUCUCUCUGAAUUUGAUCAUCCUGAUUUAAGUUGUGUUUCUGAAUUUAGUAUUAUUGUGGCCUCACCCCAGGAAUAAGCCGCGUCUUUCUUAGUAGUGUGAACCAUUUUUUUUUCCUCUUUUUUUGUUAAUCAUUCAGUGAUUAAUUCCAUAGUAGAUGAUUGAGAUGGUUCAUGUCAUGUAUUGAGUAUGAUCUUCCUUGGAUUUUCGUUUA